AUGUCAACCCAGGCCACGACUGAGCAACAAGAACCAUUACCACAAAUCACAAUAGUAGACUGCGCCAAGUCAUGUCUCGAGUCCUUUCAAAAAUGCCUCAACAGUACUGGCAAGGCUGACAAGGUCACUGCGUCUCUCACCUCAAGACUAUCACCGUCACUAGUGCGAGUUGAGGAUCAACUUGCGAGGUUCUCUCUUUGGGCAGCCAAUUUGAAUGUCUUCAGUGCGAGCAAAGCUUCGUUGGAUAAUCGCUUGAGAGAGGCUCCUGAUGUCAAGGAUGCCAUUGUUGCUUUAUUGGAGACACUCAAUUACCGGAUCAAGUCAUGUACUCGACUUAUCAACUCUACCCUUUGUGAGUUGACCGAGCAACAACUGGCAGACUCCUUGCAAGAAUUCAAUGAUACACUGGACAACCUGCGGGAUGAGAUCACUUUACUUCACAAAAUCUCAAAUACCAUCCGUCGCGCAAGUAAAGAGACGCAAAACGCCAAAGCUGUCAACUUUUUCAAAAUCAGAGACGAUGAAGGGAAUGACGCAGAGCCGUUUUUGCGACAGCUUUUUAUGAAUUACAUACGCGACCGAUUUUCUGGAACAAGCGAAGAUAUUCGUAUACGUCUUGCAUCCACCAUGAUUCUUCGGCGGAAACAGAUUCUUUACCGUCGUGAACGUUAUGAGAGAGCCCCAAUUCGUCUUCAAGCAGCCGUUGCAAAGCCCGUCAUAUCGCAUCCAAGGCCAGAACCAACAGAAGAAAUAGCACAAGGGCCCAUGAAGCGGCGUGUCGUGGAAGCGUCCAGUCGGAGCCAAGUUCAGUCUAUCACUAAAACAGCAACAACUCUCUCACCGGAGAAUUUCAAACGGGCCACUGUUCCUUCUGUCAUCUCAGUAUCGCAGACGGUUGCGCUUAGUAGCAAUGAUGAACUCUGCUUUCCUCCACCACCUACUGCUGGUCUUAUGCGAAGGAAAACGCUAGUAUCGCCUCCACCCGAUGACUAUGUGGCAGAGCCUACUGAAGAGACUGUGGAGGGAAUUGAAAACGCAGCUGCUAAUUUCGGAAGAGAUCUCGCUUUGGCUCAGGCAUGGGAAAGUUGCAUCGAAGCAGUGGCUGAGGUCACCUGCCCAUAUUGCUUCCACGUCUUACCAAUCCGUGAAGUGCUUGAUGAGAAGAAGUGGAAGCUUCAUGUCAAGAACGACCUUGAUCCCUAUGUCUGUCUCUUUGAGAAUUGCGAUUCGCCAGAGCAUUUAUACUCUCACAGUAAUAUGUGGAUCAAGCAUAUGAAAGAACACACCCUGCGAUGGCGCUGUAAAUCGAAAGCCCACGGAGAGUUCAUGGCCGAAACAAGAGUUGAUUACGUCAAUCACAUGAAAACGAGUCAUCCUCGUAAACUCACAGAUGCCCAGCUUGACGUGCUGGCAGAUCGCAAUGCUCAUACGAUAGGGCCAUUAUUCAUAGCUUGUCCUCUUUGUGGCCUUGAAAAGACGGAUAUGCCGAUGGAAAACCACGUCGUGGGCCACAUGCGACUUUUGGCACUCAAAUCACUACCGCCCUCUUAUGAAGACAUUGUUGAACAAGACGGAUUUGAUGAUCAGAAUGAUUAUAUGAGCGACUCUGGUCCGGGCAAAAGAAGCACAAUUCAAUCCGCAUUUGAGGUGGACGCGUAUGAAAAUUGGGACUCGGAUGAACACGAGGAUGAUCUUGUUCUCCAAUCCCCUACCCGUCAAGAUUCAGAAGACGAAACAUCUUCAAGACGACAUGUAGAAUAUAUUCCCGCUUUAGAGCCAUCAGAACCUAAAGACAAAGGAAAACGACUUGCGGUAAUUAGGAUGGAUCCGGACUGUGCCAUAUGCCGUGCCCCGGCCAAUAUGGGAUGUGAUUGUGAGGCCAAGGGCCUCGACAUUGCUGUCAAACAAGCCGAGAAUAAAGUUAUUGUGCCACAGGCCAAAGAGAUCCGACGAUGGGUGCGGGAUAAAGUGCGAAAGAAUUUCAAUUACGACAAAACAACGACAGAUUCAGCAAAGAAAGAAACAGAAUCCCAAUGCGGGGGAUCAAGCACAAACAAUGACUUGAGAGGGAUCAAUGGCGGCGAGGUGCUCGAUGGUCCAGCAUUAUAUACGUCGUCUGGAUCAAAUAAUGGCGGUCUCUCUGAAGCCCUCGAUUACUAUUUUGGUCUUGUCGAACUUAGACUUCCUGCUGAUAACGAUCCCAGUGUCUGUAACCCACCGCUGGAGCCAGGUAUUUGGUACCUUAUGUAUCAUCGCCAAUAG